AGCUCCCUCGCGGCGCUGUCGUCCUCGUCACCGGCGGCGCCGGCUUCGUGGGGCUCCACCUCUGCCUGCGGCUGCAGCGCGAGCACGUGCGGGUCGUCGCGCUCGACUCGCUCACGCCCUACUACUCGCUGGCACUCAAGCGCGCGCGCGUCGAGCAGCUGCGAGAGGCGGGGGUUGAGGUUGUCGAGGCGGACAUGUGUGACGAGGCCGGCCUGCGCGAGCUCAUCUCCUCGCGCGGCGUCACGCACGUGGCGUCGAUGGCGGCGCAGGCGGGCGUGCGCUACUCGCUCUCCAACCCGCAGUCGUACAUCCGCUCCAACCUGCAGUGCUUCGUCUCGCUGCUCGAGGCUCUGCGCGCCUCGCCCCGCGUGCCGCUCAUCUACGCCUCCUCCUCCUCCGUCUACGGAGCAAACACGAAGCAGCCCUCCUCCGAGCAGCCCUUCUCCGAGUCGGACCGCGUCGACGCGCCCAACUCGCUGUACGCCGCCACCAAGCGCGCAAACGAGGCCAGCCUAACCCCAACCCUAGCCCUUACCCAACUCGCUGCGAUCGCCCACGUCUACCACGGGCUGUACGGGCUGCGCGUGACUGGCCUGCGCUUCUUCACCGUGUACGGCCCGUGGGGGCGGCCGGACAUGGCCUACUUCUCCUUCACGCACCGCAUCGCCACCGGGCGGCCGAUUGAGGUGUACGGCCACGGCGCGCCGCGCCGCGACUUUACGUACAUCGACGACGUCGUGGACGGCGUCGUGGGCGCGCUGGGGCUGGCGGCGGAGGAGGAGAUCUUUAACCUGGGGAACCACCGCUCGGAGAGCCUUCUCCACUUUAUUGAGGUGCUCGAGUCCGAGCUCGGCGUCAAGGCCAAUCGCACGAUGGUCGAGAUGGCGCCGGGCGACGUGUCCGCGACCUAUGCCGACGUCAGCCACGCGCGAGAGCGAUUGGGCUAUUCGCCGAGCACGUCCAUCGAGAUGGGCCUCCAUCGCUUCAUCGAGUGGUAUCGCUCGCCGAGGUUUAGGGCCGAGUUUGCCGAAGGUGGAGAGUGGCAGAGGACAAGAAGUAACUUUUGAUGAGGAGGCGCGGGUGCGGUGGUUGGGGCCCGAUGUGUGAGCGGAGAGAGACAGAGGAGAGAGGGGUUUGGCGCCCAUGGCGGCGUCUGGGAAGCGCGGAGAUGGGUUUCGCGAACUCAGUUCACACAAAAACACAACCCCGGACCCA